AUGUUGGAUUCUUUACCUACUGUUGUUACAGAAGAGCUGAAUAAUGAUAUUAUAAAGGUUCCAACAAAAGAGAAAGUUAAAUUUGUUGUGAUGGGGUUAAAUAGAGAUAGUGCUGGAGGUUUUGAUGGUAUGAAUGGUGCUUUUUAUCAGGAUGCAUGGGAAAUAAUAGUAGAUGAUCUUCAUAGAAUAGUGAUAGCCUUUUUAAUGGGUAUGAAUUUCCAAGUAUCAGAGGAGCGAGCUAGAUUUGUUCAUGGAAGAAGCAUAGCUGAAAAUAUUUUAGUUGUGCAAGAAAUAGUUGCUGAGAUCAGGAAAAGAGGGACACCACCAAAUAUGAUUAUGAAACUCGACAUGAUAAAGGCUUAUGAUAGACCCAAAGGUUUCUUUAAAUCUUCUAGGGGAUUAAAGCAAGGGGAUCCUUUAUCUCCUACUUUAUUUAUUAUAGCAGCAGAGGUAUUGUCAAGAAGCCUGAAGGAAUUAUUAAAACAAAAGAAUUUUAAGUUAUUUGGAAUGCCUAGAGGAAGCCCUAAGUUAAAUCAUCUUGCUUUUGUAGAUGAUAUGAUCAUUAUGUGCAAAGCAGAAUUAGGGACAUUGAAGCUAGUGACAAAUACUUUGGAGGAAUAUGAGAAGGUAUCAGGUCAAAGAAUUAACAAGGAUAAGAGUGCUUUGUAUUUGCAUGAAAAAACAUCCAAUGGAGCAGUUGUCUUGGCAGAAGAGAUUACAGGCAUACUAAGGAAGGAGUUUCCAUUAAACUAUCUUGAUUGUCCAAUUUUUUAUAAGAGAAAGAAGAAGCUUUAUUAUCAGCAGAUUACAAAUAGAAUUAGUACUAAGUUAUAG